AAACAUGGCAAAUGUCGUUCGUGAGAACCCUCUGCGGCUUUAUUUAACUAUACAUUGUUUAAAUUGCCUUUUUUGAGAGAAAAUAGACGACAUCGCGAGUCGACGACCUUUGCACCCGCCCAGCCCCCUUGUUUUGUAAGAUGGCGCUCGCUCGGAUAUGCUUCCGGCUUCAGCGGCUGAAGGGACGUGGUUCCUCUGAGUUUUUAUACUAUCCGACGAUCUGUGUCUCUCGGCUUACUAGUCACCAGUUGUCACAAUUUUUCACAACAGCGAAGAGGAGUACUUUAAGUUCAGCUAUCAUCUCAAAGGCCAAACGUUUGAAUGCAAAAUAUGAAAAAUUUCUGGAAAUAAACUUUCCGCGUUUUUAUGGUAUCUAUUCAACUUUUUUCCGAGGCUUCCGUCUAUUGUAUCUUGACUUCAAGGAAGUUCAUGGAAUAAAGUAUAAGAUGGCCAAUAAAGGACUAAAGUACAACCAGCUGCCUUACAGGGAAAUGGAAAAAUUAAGACAGUUUCGCAGAGACGUUAUAAAGGUAAUACCAGUAGUGCUUCUCGCCAUUCCGCCAUUUGCAAACUAUAUUGUGUUCAUAUUGAUGUAUUUCUUUCCAAGGCAGUUCUUAAUAAGUCACUUCUGGACCCACGAUCAGCAUCAGGAAUUUAAGGAAAUCUACCACUCGUUCCGGGCUCAGGUUUACCCAGACGCUGUGAGUGGUUUAAUCAAAGCAGCCUCAAAAGUUAAAGACAGACAACUGAAAAAACAGCUGUUAACUCUUGGCAACAAAGUUCAGGAUGGCAUCCAUCCCGAAAUCUUUCAGCUACACAUAGUGGCAAAGCUGUUCUUGGGACAUCCACUAGCAAUCCGUCACAUUGAUUCACGGCAGGCGGAAAUCUUUAGUCGGGUGAUGUUUCUCACUCCGCACAUGCCCUCCUUCAUCCUACGCCAUCGUAUCUGGAGCCACAUCAUGGAAAUCCGUCAUUUGGACCAAGCUUUGAAUAGUUUAGGAUUGCAUGAGCUGUCGGAGGAUGAACUGAGAAAUGCAUGUUAUGUGAGAGGUUUGAAUUCGGUGCACCUGAAUGCAGCACAGUGCAAGGACUGGUUAAUCAAAUGGGUCCAGCUUUCCAAGAAAUUAAAAGAUUCUGAAGCCUCUCUGCUAUUGCACAGCAUGGUGUUACUUUCCACAAAUUACCUCAAAAAGCUGCCAGAGAAAAGCAAGUAAACCUUAAAUGCAAGACUAGGGAGUGGCCAUAUAUGUUUACCCAAGACAUCUGUGCGUUGUGUGACAAGGAUUUUUUCGUUAUUGCCAGACAAACUCCUGAAUGCAAAAAUCUGUGACUAUUAACUUGCCUCCUGUGAUGUACUGACUAUGCUGAUGAAGACAAAGAUGUUUACUUGACGUACAAAUUAAUGAAUUUUUAAAAAAACAAUGUGCUCUGGACCAGUAUUUUUUUUCAUUUUAGAGGAGCGUGAGAUUAUUUGAAUUGUAUUAUUUUUCAUUUCAAGUCACAUGAGCAGAUUUAUUGCUGUGGGAAAUAACUUUAGUAAGAAAUAUAGGUUCAGGAGUUGGCCCUCGAGCCAGCAUCGCCAUUCAAUAUGAUCAUGGCUGAUUAUCCAAAAUCAGUUCCCCAUUCCUGCUUUCUCCCCAUAUCCCUUGAUUUUGUUAGCCCUAAGAGCUAUAUCUAACUCUCUCUUGAAUACAUCAAGAGGUUCAGAGGUUGCUUUCAAAGUAAGGGUGAUGUUCACAGCUUUUGCAUGGUUUAUGACAGUGGGGCAACAUCUUAAUCGAGGACAGCGAAUGGAGGUCAUCAAAGUUCCUGUUAGAUGCACUGCUCCACUGUCUGCUUGUGGACUGGUGUUGGUAUUGAAACGCAUCGAAGGGUGUGAAGUUCCUGCACUUGCACGAGAGGUACCAAGUUCAAGUAGCAUCUUAAAGGGAUUAAAUGCUAAUUAUUUCCAGACAAUCCUUCUAAUGAUAUAAAUGAUCCUUUAACCACUGAGGAUUCUCAAACCUUUAAGUUUUUAUUUUCGGACUUCUUGUUUGCUUAAAUAUUCUACUCUCCCUUGACAUAGAAAUUUACCACCUCUAACAAUCUGCACUGAUAUACUUUUCAAAUGUUCUGCAUUUUCUAAUUUUUUACCAUACACCUUCAUCAUCAUUAUUCAGGCCCUAAUCCAUCGAUCAAUCUGGUCAAGGAGAUGCAGUGUCACUUACCUUGUUUGCUCAUAUUCCAGAUGCCCCACUUUCAUCUGUCCCUUCCAGCAAGUCGCCAUGUAAAAUAUGAGAAGUUUUUUGGUCUUGUUCUCAAACAGGACCUCCUCCCAUUUGAGUAAGAUUACAUUAGGCCAAAGUCAGUGAUGAAUCUAAAAAGGAGUUUGUAUUGUGGAUUGGUGCUUAGUAAAAAUGACCCAACCUCUCAUUUUACUGAUUACUUUGUUGAUUGGACAAUCACCCUAGUGGCCUACAUCUGCUAUUUCUUAUCCUUUCAACCGGCUCUUGAAAACCAGUUGCUCAUUGCACAGUAGAUGGACCCAAGAACUUUCUUAUGCUUGUGAACUAUCCUCAAACCCAGAAAUAUUUGGGCCAGUGACAUUAAAAACAAUAAAAAAUACUGUGAAUCAAUCGGAAAAGGCCACCAAUACUCGGGUAAAGCAGCAUCAGUGGAAAAAGAGUUCAUGGUUCAGACAGGCUCUGCUGGCUGAGCACAGCAGCGGGUCUAGUGGCAAGUCUGGCCUAAUCCAAGACUUAAAGGUGUUACUAGUACACUGAUAGUUACUAAAUUUCCAAAUAAAUUGUACUGUGUUGGAUAAUGCUUUUUAAUCCUGCAUAUCCUGAGUAGCUAAAUUAUUAAAGAAUAUAAUACUUUAGAUUGGCUAAAUUACUAGUUUAGUUGACUGUUGAAGCAAUGCAGUUCCAGAUUUGUUUUGGCUGAGGUUACAUUUAAAGAUGCUGCUGCCUAUUUUAACCCCAAUAUACAGCAGCAAAGGAAAGUCUAAACUUUAUCAAGUUACAUUUGAGAUGUUGCCAACAAUUUAUCUAUUGUUUUUAUAUUUUAAUCCUAUUUUUAAAACAUCUGAAUGCUCCCACAGCUUCUGAUAGUUUCAUUGUCUCAAUGUGCAUUGUGAUUUCAAGGGAUGAGAUGUUGUUAUCUGCCACCUAAACAGGAAGGUUAAGGCAUUCAAAGUUUAAGCACUGAUGUUUGAAUUCUGAUGGUUAGAAAAAAAACUGCAGUUUACCAGGACAUGUGUCCUUUUAAGUGAUUUAUAUCUUAAAUUUGUGGCACUGGCCUCUGUUACAAGACAGCUGUCACCAUCAUCUUGGGGUAGAUUUCCUUUUCCAGAAGAAACAUCAUACUACAUUUUUAGUAGUAGGAGUAAAUGGAGAUGACUUACAGAUUAUUUUCCAAAGUUGCAUUUGAGGUGUUGGGGGUGAUUUUUUACAUUCACUGCCUGACUGCUGGAUGAAUGGUUUGCUUGGCCUUCCAAAGCAAGUGGUCCUUCCAUCUUCACCACCUGAAGCUGCAUCACAAAUCUGUACAAAAUGGACAAUUUAAUUCAUUUUAUGAAAUUUGGAUUAACAUGCUCAUCUAAGUAGGUUUUGUAUAAACACCAAUUGCACUGAUAGCCUGCUUGUAUGCUCCUGUACUCAUUGUUUUUGUGGUUUUUAUUUUUGAAUUGUGCACUUCAUACGACAUGUAAAAGUUUACUUUUUGAUCUCUUGAGUUGUACUUAUUUUUUAUGUGAAGAUGGAUGCCUUAAUUCAACAAGUACUUUUAUUUGUAAAAUGCACUGCAAAUGGAUAUGUGACUGAGCUCAGUUGUGGUUAGCUUAAAUGUGGAAAAGGUAUAAAAUCCCUUGGAUGUGAAUAAACAAAUAUUUUUUACUUUU